GUCCAUUGCACAGCGCUUUGUCGGUCGAGAUGCUAAUACAUAGCACCAACAAUCGACUGCACGAAGCGUACAGAGAUCUGUCAUGUCUUCUCAGAUGAUUAACGAUCAGGAACCCUGAUGGCGCGUCGUUCGUCUUAGGGCGUCCGAAGUCGCUGGACCUAAAGUAUUUACCCCUUAUCGAUAAUGCAGCCCGCGUGGUUUUUUUUAUUGGGGCGCCCUAUGACUCGUUCCUCAUCCAAUGUUCGUUCAGGAAUUCUCUGCUUGAUUAAUUGCACCACCAUUCCGGACCUGAACCUGAGCUUCACAGUCGUCGAGCGGCAGUAGGAGGAAGUAUGUCUCUCAGGCAUGUCUCGACACGAUUGAGCCGCAGCGCCACAGGCUUCUCCCAGCGCAGACAUGCAUCCGCAUCGGUAGCGGCGUCCAGUCUCCCAUCUGCGCUCAAGAACGCCAUCUCUAAAGAUGCCGCUCUCGCAACCCCCGAUCCGCCCUCGGACUCGCAAACCUCCAGCAUAGUCAACUCCCAGCUCCCGUUCAUGGUCCCCACCUAUGUUCGACCGCCGCCGAUGUUCCAGAAGGGAGAAGGAUGCUACCUGUGGGAUGUCGAGAACAGGAAAUACCUAGACUUCACCGCCGGCAUCGCCGUCAACUCUCUCGGGCACUGUGAUGCCGAGUUCUCAAAGCUGAUCUACCAACAGGCACAAACCCUCGUCCACACCUCCAACCUAUACCACAACCCCUGGACCGGCGCGCUAUCAAAAAGCCUCGUCGAAAAGACGCUCGAGUCCGGCGCAAUGCACACGGCCUCCAAAGCCUUCAUCUGCAACAGCGGCUCGGAAGCCAACGAAGCAGCCAUCAAAUUCGCCCGCAAGGUCGGCAAGCACCUCUCCUCCUCCUCCCCAGAAGCCGACACCAAAACCCACUUCCUCUCCUUCACAAACUCCUUCCACGGCCGCACCAUGGGCUCCCUCUCCGCCACGCCCAACCCGAAAUACCAAAAACCCUUCAGCCCCAUGGUCCCGGGCUUCACCCACGGCACCCUCAACGACAUCGCCGCCCUGCCCACCCUCAUCACCCCUCAAACCUGCGGCGUCAUCGUCGAGCCCAUCCAAGGCGAAGGCGGCAUCCACACCGCCACCCCGUCCUUCCUCCUCGCUCUCCGCAAACAUUGCACCGCCGUCGGCGCCGUCCUCAUCUACGACGAAAUCCAAUGCGGUCUCGGCCGCACAGGACAUCUCUGGGCCCACGGCGCCCUCCCCCGCGAAGCCCACCCCGACAUCCUCACCACCGCCAAAGCCCUCGGAAACGGCUUCCCCAUCGGCGCCACGCUCGUCAACGAGUUUGUCGCCUCAAAGAUCCAGACGGGCGAUCACGGCACCACGUUCGGCGGGAACCCGCUCGGCGCCCGGCUCGCGCAUUAUAUCCUCUCCCGCUUGUCCGACCCGGCUUUGCACGCCGCCGUCCGCGCGAAAGAGCAGGUUUUCCGCGCGCAUUUCCGCGCUUUGCAGGCUCGGUUUCCGGGAUAUAUUGCCGCUGCUGACGGGGAUGGGGAGCAAGGUGGUAGUGCUGCAGUCAGAGGCAAAGGCCUGAUUCUGGGCCUGCAGCUUACUGUUGACCCUGCGCCUGUUGUCACGGCGGCGAGGGAGCGUGGACUGUUGGUUAUUACGUGUGGCACUAAUACGCUGCGGUUUGUGCCGCCGCUUGUUAUUAGCGAGGCGGAGAUUGACGAGGGGAUGGGCAUUUUGGGCGAGGCGAUGGCGGUGGUGUUUGGGAGGGGGGAUGGGCAGGGUGAGGGUGAGGGUGAGGGUGUGCCUGGGACGGAGGGGCAGCAGGAGAUGGUGCGGUAGAUUUUGGGGGAUGGGAGUGGGAAUGGGAAUGGGAAUGGGAAGAGAGGAUGGCGUGGGGUGGGGUGUGUUUGUACGUGUUGGUUUUUUUGGGGAGGAUUAGAGGCAAUGAGCUGCCAGGCUGGCGUUUAGUUGAAUUUAUAAUUUCCCUUUUCAAGAAAGACCUGGUGGUCGUAUAUUACACGCUAGAACAAGGAUAGCACUUGGCAUUUCAAUGAACUCGUGCCAGGCCGUAAGUGUGUCUGUUGUUGCUGUGGCCACUACUGCAUAGAGGGACGUUACAAGCACGACACAAGGACAAUACGAGGAC